AUGGGUUGGGCACACCGGCUAAGUGUCCUUGCCCUCAUCGUUCCAUUUUGCAGAGCAAAGACUGUCACAUACGACUUCAAUGUCUCAUGGGUUAACGCAAAUCCUGAUGGAUUGUAUGAGCGCAAGGUCGUGGGCAUCAAUGGACAGUGGCCUUUGCCCGUCAUUGAGGUGAAUAAGGGUGACCGGCUCGUGGUCAACAUGUACAACGGACUUGGGGGCAAAUCAUCCUCCAUUCACUUUCACGGCAUGUAUCAGAACGGUACCAAUGAAAUGGAUGGACCGUCGAUGGUCACCCAGUGCCCAAUCCCGCCCGGUUCAAGCAUGACCUACAAUUUCACCGUUGAGCAAAACGGCACAUACUGGUACCAUUGCCACACUGGCUACUGUUACCCGGAUGGUUAUCGACAGGCUCUAAUUGUUCACGACGAUGAUGCAUACUUUGCGAAACAGUAUGAUAAGGAGUUCACCAUCAGCCUGUCUGACUGGUACCACGACUUUCUGGAAGACCUAUCCCAUGAGUUCAUGUCCCUGUACAAUCCUACCGGGGCAGAGCCUAUUCCCAAUGCCUUCCUUUUCAACGACACCAUGAACUCAAAUAUCAAAGUUGAGCCAAACACGACGUAUCUUAUCAGAAUUCUCAAUGUCGGCGCGUUUGUGGGUCAAUAUCUGUACAUCCAAGAUCAUAACUUCACUAUUGUUGAGAUUGAUGGAGUUUACACCGAACCCACAGAAGCCAGCAUGUUGUAUCUUUCAGCUGCGCAACGAUACGCGAUUCUUCUCACGACGAAGAAUGAAACGGAUAAGAAUUAUCCAAUCAUCACUGUUGCGGAUUCCACUCUUCUCGAUACUAUUCCUCCUGACUUGCAGCUCAACAACACGAAUUGGCUGGAAUACAAUUCAAACGCGAACCACCCUGAAGGUGUGAUUGACGUCGAUGAAAGCACAGACUUGGCGCCUUUCGAUGACCUGACCCUUGUCCCUCAUGACCAGAUGGCCCUUCUUCCUGACCCAGACGUCGAGAUCGAGGUCACAGUCUACAUGAAUAACCUGAUGGACGGGUACAACUACGCAUUCUUCGAUAACAUCACAUACACAGCGCCCAAGGUCCCAACCCUGUACACUGUCAUGUCCUCUGGAAACCUGUCCACUGACCCAACCAUCUAUGGCGACAACACAAACCCGCAUGUGUUCAAGCAAAACGACGUUGUCCAAGUCAUCGUCAACAACGCUGACAGUGGCGCUCACCCCUUCCACCUCCACGGCCACGUGUUCCAGGUGAUUGCGCGCCAGCCCUCCUACGGUCUUGAUUUCUACAAUCUCGCAGACGUCGACCCGGUCCCCUUUAACGCCAACAACCACACCGCAUUCCUCAGCACCCCUCCGAGGCGAGACACCGUCGUCCUCCCGCCGGGCGGCUACAUGGUCCUGCGCUUCGUCGCUGAUAACCCGGGCGUCUGGCUCUUCCACUGCCACAUCGACUGGCACAUGGACUCGGGCCUGGCCAUGCUGUUCAUCUCGGCCCCGGACAAGAUCCAGGAGACGCUCAAGAUCCCCGACCAGCAUUACGACGUCUGCAGGGCGGCCGGUGUACCGUUCGAGGGCAACGCUGCUGGAAAUACGCAGAACUUUCUGGACCUGGACGGCGAACCGCGACAGGUGGCCAAUAUUCCUGACGGGUUUACGCCGAAGGGAAUUGCGGCCAUGUUCUUCACUAUUUUGUCGGCUUUUUUGGGUGUAGCUAGUAUUUUCGUCUACGGGCUGUGGGAUAUGAAGAAGGCUGGUGUUCCGACUUCAUCAUAA